GGAGCGGUGUCUCCACUUGGUUCGGACUGGAGGCACUGAAGAUGGGGACUGGAAGGGGGGCAGGUGGGGCUGGGAGAGAAAUACCCACCGCCGGGCCUCCCUGGCAGCUUGCCGGCAGCCCAGGGGUCACGCUGAAUAUGCAUAAAAGGGAGCAGAUUGCAGCUGCCCUCCUCUCCGAUACGGAGGUGAGGCCCGCGGAGACCACCGGCCCCGGCUCCCUUUCAGCAGGAUAAUGGGGGAGGAGCCGCUCCCCUGGCCCCGGGAGGAUGGAGGUCCUGCAGCUCCUGCGCCUGCUCCUCACCACCAGCGUGCUGCGCCUCUCCCAGGCGGUGAAUCCGUUCGUGGCCCAGCAGACCCCCCCGGACCCCUGCUACGACGAGAGCGGAGCUCCUCGCCGCUGCAUCCCCGAGUUUGUCAACGCAGCCUUCGGGAAGGAGGUGCACGCCUCUAGCACCUGCGGGAAGCCCCCGACGCGGCACUGCAACGCCUCCGACCCCCGCAAAGCCCACCCGCCCGCCUACCUGACCGACCUCAACACCGCCUCCAACAUGACGUGCUGGCGCUCCGAGACCCUGCACCACUCGCCCCACAACGUCACCCUCACCCUCUCCCUCGGCAAGAAGUUCGAGGUGGUCUACGUCAGCCUCCAGUUCUGCUCGCCCCGGCCCGAGUCCACCGCUAUCUUCAAGUCAAUGGACUACGGCAAGACGUGGGUGCCCUACCAGUACUACUCCUCCCAGUGCCGCAAGAUCUACGGCAAGCCCAGCAAAGCCACCGUCACCAAGCAGAACGAGCAGGAGGCCCUCUGCACCGACGGCCUCACCGACCUCUACCCGCUCACCGGGGGGCUCAUCGCCUUCAGCACCCUGGACGGGCGGCCCUCGGCCCAGGACUUCGACAGCAGCCCCGUGCUGCAGGACUGGGUGACGGCCACCGACAUCAGGGUGGUUUUCAGCCGCCCCCACCAAUUCCGGGAGCUGGGGGGGCGCGAGGCUGGCGAGGAGGAGGGGGGCACCGGUGCGGCCCCCUAUUACUACGCGGUGGGCGAGCUGCAGGUCGGCGGGCGCUGCAAGUGCAACGGGCACGCCUCGCGCUGCGUCAAGGACAAGGAGCAGAAGCUGGUGUGCGACUGCAAGCACAACACGGAGGGGCCCGAGUGCGACCGCUGCAAGCCCUUCCACUACGACCGGCCCUGGCAGCGGGCCAGCGCCCGUGAGGCCAACGAGUGUCUGGCCUGCAACUGCAACCUGCACGCGCGGCGCUGCCGCUUCAACAUGGAGCUGUACAAGCUGUCGGGGAGGAAGAGCGGAGGGGUCUGCCUCAACUGCCGGCACAACACCGCGGGGCGCCACUGCCACUACUGCAAGGAGGGCUUCUACCGCGACCUCAGCAAGUCCAUCACGGACCGCAAGGCCUGCAAAGCCUGCGACUGCCACCCUGUUGGUGCCGCCGGCAAGACCUGCAACCAGACGACGGGGCAGUGCCCGUGCAAGGACGGCGUGACCGGCCUCACCUGCAACCGCUGCGCCAAGGGCUUCCAGCAGAGCCGCUCGCCCGUGGCCCCCUGCAUCAAGAUCCCUGCCAUCAACCCAACCUCCCUGGUCACCAGCACAGAGGCACCUGCAGACUGCGACUCCUACUGCAAACCAGCCAAAGGCAACUACAAGAUUAACAUGAAAAAGUACUGCAAGAAGGACUACGUGGUCCAAGUGAACAUCUUGGAGAUGGAGACGGUGGCCAACUGGGCCAAGUUCACCAUCAACAUCCUCUCCGUCUACAAGUGCCGCGACGAGCGGGUCAAACGCGGCGACAACUUCCUCUGGAUCCACCUGAAGGACCUGUCCUGCAAAUGCCCCAAGAUCCAGAUCAGCAAGAAGUACCUGGUGAUGGGGAUCAGCGAAAACUCCACCGACCGGCCGGGACUGAUGGCCGACAAGAACAGCCUGGUCAUCCAGUGGCGGGACGCCUGGACCCGCCGCCUUCGGAAACUGCAGCGGCGGGAGAAGAAAGGGAAGUGCGUGAAGCCCUGAGGGUUUGCUGCCCGCCCCGAGCCCCAGCCCCAGCCCCAUCCUGGCUCCGCACUGCCGGGCUGCGCUCAGAGACGCUGUACAUAUAUAUAGUGUGAACGGACUCUUCUGUCUAUAGUGUAUAUUUUGGCAACGGUCCCCUUUGGGUGUGCGUGUGCACGCGUGGGUGUGUGUGUGUGGGUCUUCUUCUCUAAGGGUGUAUUAAAAGUAAUGCAGUAAUGACAAACCUUUAACGAGGAGCAAAGCGGAGGGGGGUCGCACAGGUGCCUGUUGCCUGCGGGAGCUUGAAGAGGUUGGUUCCUUGCUCCGGGCAUGCUGUUCCUCGCCCUCCUGUCCUUUUUUUUGCCUUGAAAAGAAUCUUCUGACAGGUGUUGCUGUCUGAGCUCGUGGCUCUCCCUCCUCCGGUGCCCAGGGCCUGCCUCUUCCUUGCUCGCUGGAAAUGCUCUGCUGCCAGCUCUCCAUGCCCCUUUCCUUGCGCAGCAGCACUGGGAGGCCAGACUGCUCCAUCAUCCCGGUGCACGUAUGGACUGAGCGGGUGAAGACCACCCCACACCGCAGAGGCCAGCCCCAGGAGCUCCACCGGGAGGACUUUUCUCAAGGUCUGAUUCUCCAGGACCUCAGGUUUACACGGACCGGUGCUACCGCCCGGGGCAGGACUGAUGCAAAGCUGCAGUGCCCUGGGGCAAGACAGCCCUGUCGGAGGGUUGGUGGCAAAAGUCCCACAAAGCUGAGCUCACUGGGGAGCAGGGCACAGACAUUGCCUCUCCUGGUGGCCCAAAAUGAAUGACCUGGAGACGCUCAGCUUGCCCAUCACCUGCCCUGCCAGCAGGACCCAGGGCGGAGAGGACAGGCUGCCCAGAGCCAGCAUCUGGACCGAGCACCACCCAGGUCUGUGGACACACGUCCUCAGCCGGUACCAACCGGGCUAAUUCCACCCAUUUCUGUUGAGUUGACGCCAAGAGACUGCCAACCUCGGUGUGCAUCCCCGAGGGCCUGACUGUGUGUGGAAGCAAGGCUGUGGCCAGGGCUGGCGGAGGAGGUGUGCGAGGCAGAGCAGCAGGAAGAGAGAAGAGCUUUUGCUGUCCGACCUCAAUAAGCUGUUAUUCCUUCUUCAUACUGUAUUAGUCUCCAGUUCAAACAGACAUCAGUUUCUUCCCAUGUCGAGGUUGUAGUGGUCUUGGCAUAAUAAACAUGCGUGGAAAUAAUA